UCUCCCUUCGGUCUGGUCUUCGCUUCGCUUCUCUUCUGUUCAACUAUAUUCUAUUCAUCCAUUCUCAACAACUCUUCUUUGACGAUAUCUUCUAUCUUAAUCAACUUGAACUUAAAUUAAUCAGAUCAUAUCACAAAUCACAAUGGUCGGACGUCUCGCUGGAAAGAAUGCUAUCGUUACGGGUGCCGCGGGUGGCAUCGGCCUCGAAACUACCAUCCUCAUGCUCCGCGAAGGCGCCUCCGUGCUCAUGACGGACAUCUCCGCCCCCGGCCUCGAAAAGGCCCUGUCGAAAGUAACCGCCGUCGUGCCCUCCCCCACGGGCAAAGUCGAGACCCGCGUCGUCGACGUCUCCAAGGAAUCCGACGUUGAAGCCGCCGUCGCCCACCUUGACGCCUGGGGCGGCCUGGACGUCAUGUUCAACAACGCCGGCAUCAUGCACGCCAACGACGGCGACGCCGAGCAGACCCCCGAGAAUAUCUGGGACUUGACCAUGAACAUCAACGUCAAGGGUGUGUGGUAUGGGUCGAAGCAUGCGGUCAAGGCGCUGCGCAGGCACGGGAAGAAGACCGGUAGUGUGAUUAAUACGGCCAGUAUGGUCGCCUUGGUGGGUGCGGCGACGCCGCAGUUGGCUUAUACCGCUAGUAAGGGCGCCGUUUUGGCUAUGACUAGGGAAUUGGCCAUUGUGCAUGCUAGGGAAGGCUUCCGCUUUAACUCGCUGUGUCCGGCUCCGCUCAACACCCCCCUCCUCCAGGACUGGCUCGGCGACGACAAGGAGAAGCGCUUCCGUCGCGAGGUCCACUUCCCGACCGGCCGUUUCGGUGAGGCCAUCGAACAGGCCCACGCCGUCGUCUUCCUGGCCAGCGACGAGAGCAGCUUUGUCAACGCGACCGAUUUCGUCGUCGACGGCGGUCUGACCAAGGCCUACGUGACCCCCGAGGGUCCCGCGACCCCGGCCCCCCAGAACCUCGGCCAAUAGACGAUCGAUGCAUGGAUGGAUGGAUGGAUGGAUGGAUGGAGGGCAUUCCGCGCUGGCUCCGGGGACUGCUUGAGUGAUGAUUUUGUACGACUAGCCUAGAUAGAUCCUAGGCAAAUGAUAUCCAUAUUUGUUUGCG